AAUAUAGAUUAAAUUUUAAUAGACUUAAAUGAAAAAUGGAUUAAAGGGAGCAAAGCUUCCCCAAAAGAAUUGAGAAGAAAGCAGGCCCACAGUCCCGCCUGAAAAAAACAUCAGCGAAGGGGGCAGUUCUCGCAUUUUGGCGGUAACAGCUGUGACCUUUUUCUCUAUCUUCUCCGUUUGAACUAUGGUUGAAGAAGAUUGUGAAUCAGAGCAACCAAGUUUGCCCAAUAUUACAGAUGACCCCACCAACCAAGAGGAACCUUACCAGUGGCCUGUCAUUCGCUUCGAUGUUCCUCCCUACAGAACCCACCACUUCUUCCACCAGUUCAGAACUGGUCCAAACCCUAAUAACUUCCUCAAGAGCGUCAAAUGGUCCCCAGAUGGUUCAUGUUUUCUAACCAACUCAGAGGACAAUACUUUCCGUACCUUUAUGUUACCAGAAAAUGGGAAUGAUUAUCUCGACGACUCUUCUGUAAAUGAUGGAGGGGAUUCGUAUGCUGCAAACCUUGUUGUGAAUGAAGGAGAAUCUGUGUAUGACUUUUGUUGGUACCCCUACAUGUCUGCUUCAGACCCAGUGACCAAUGUUUUUGCCAGUACAAGUCGUGAUCAUCCUAUUCAUCUUUGGGAUGCUUCUUCCGGAGAGCUACGUUGUACAUAUCGUGCUUAUGAUGCUAUGGAUGAAAUAACAGCUGCCUUUUCAAUUGCAUUCAAUCCCUUUGGAACAAAGAUAUUUGCAGGAUACAACAAAUCUGUUCGGGUGUUUGACUUACAUCGCCCUGGUAGAGAAUUUAAACAAUUUUCAACACUUCAAGGAAACAAAGAGGGCCAAACAGGCAUAUUAUCUGCAAUGGCUUUCUGUCCAACUCAUUCUGGAAUGUUAGCUAUCGGUUCUUACAGCCAGACCACUGGAAUAUAUAGAGAAGACAAUAUGGAACUCUUAUAUGUAUUGCACGGCCAAGAAGGUGGGAUUACACAUAUUCAAUUUUCUAAGGAUGGAAAUUAUUUAUACACUGGAGGACGUAAGGAUCCUUAUAUUCUGUGCUGGGAUAUGCGCAAAGCUGUUGAUGUUGUGUACAAGCUAUAUAGAUCAUCAGAAUACACCAACCAGCGGAUAUCAUUUGAUAUCGAACCACAAGGCCAGCAUCUUGGUACAGGUGGUCAGGAUGGUACUGUUCAUAUAUAUGAUCUUAAAACCGGGCAAUGGGUAUCGAGCUUCCAAGCUGCAUUAGAUACUGUCAGUGGCUUCUCGUUUCAUCCAUUUUUGCCAAUGGCUGCCUCUUCAUCAGGGCACCGUAGAUUUGUUGUUCCCGGCGAUGGCAGCGAGGAUGAUGAUCUGCAUUUGGGUGCGGAAGAAAACUGUGCUUCUGUGUGGAGUUUUUCUUUUGAGUCAGCAGUGGAGAGUGACGUUAAUGUUAACAAAGAUGGCGUAAAGAGUGGGUCCGAACAUGAGAAUCUCAAUCAAAAUUCUUGACUAAACGUGUAUGUUGCUCUUCUCAUGAUUGGGUAACACAUUGAGAAAAGAGCUGAUUUUGUCUUAUUGCUGUACAUUGGUUCGAAUGUUAAGAACGAAAAUAUCAACAGCUAAUUAAGAAGAGAUUUUUUUAAAAAAAAAGAAAAAAAGAUAUAAUUAUGUUA